AUGACAAUGAUAAAAAUGAAAUACCAAGCUCAUAUAGAAUUCAAUAUGAGCAAGCGUUUACGAAAAUUAAAAAUGAAACAAAUAAAGGUAACGGCCUUAUUAAUGACAAUGGCUUCGUUAGUAGCCAUUUUAUUAAUUUAUUACUUAAACUGGCCUAUACAACGCAAUGCAAUAUCGAGUUCUACAAAGGACUAUGUGGCCAGUUUGCCGAUGGUGCAUGUGCCUUUGAGACAAAUUUAUAACGAUGUUAGUAAUGAGUCCUCAGAAAUAUUUUACGAGCGACGCCAAGAACAAAUGUUAGAUACUCCCGGUUGUAAAAUCCCAAUGGCAAUGGUAAAUUAUUUUCAAUAUUUGAACAAUAGCAAAUCUAAACAUUCUUCUUGCAGCAAACGUGGAAUAUUCCUUUAUAAAACAGGUGUAGAUAAAAUUCGAGUUUACAUAAAAAAUAACAUUAUGAAAAGACACACAAAACGUUUCGAAGACUUCAAAUGUUGCUAUAGAUUUUUGUUGGUUCCAAAGAAACUAAUUUAUGAGAGAAUGAAAUUAAGAUAUACGAAUUGCAAAACACUAUACCACGGCUUGAUUCUAGAUUUGGAAACUGACUUUAUUAACGUUAAAUGUUUUCAAAAUAUCAGUAAUAAUGUCUCACAAGAGAUUUAUGAAGACUGGUUUGCGUUUAUUAAAAAGAUUAACAAGACAAAGGUUUUACGAAAAGACUGUCAACAUAAUUAUAACGUUCUGAUGAUUGGUUUGGAUUCGAUGUCUUUGCCAAGACUCGCGCAGACAAUGACACGAACAAUCGACCAUCUAUACGAAAAUUUCUGGUUACUUUUCAAAGGAUAUCAUAAGGUUGAAGAUAAUACAUUUCCAAAUCUGAUGGCUGUAUUGACUGGAAAAAACUUGACGGCAAUUACAAAUUUAUGUACGAAUAGAAUGGAUCGAUGUAAUGAGCUGAUGAUAUGGAGCGACUUCAAACGUGACGGUUAUAUAACAGCUUACGGUGAAGACUACCUGCGUUUGCCGGAUACUUUCACAAACAGAUAUGCUUAUAAUAAUUCGCCCACCGACCACUAUCUGAGGCCAUUUUUUCUUCAGGGUGAAGUGGAUAAGUUUAAUAAAUCUUUAGUUUGUUCUGGUAAAGAAGCGUCAGGAAAACAUUUAUUAGAUUACGCACUCGAUUUCGCGAACACGUACAAAAGAGAAAAAUUCUUCGGUCUUUUCUGGAUGAACUCUUUCAGUCAUAACAUGAACAGUCGUCCUCAGGACGCCGACAAAAUGUUUGAAGACUUCUUUAAUAAAUUAAAAUACACGGGUGCAUUAUUUAAUACGUUCGUGAUUUUCUUCAGCGAUCACGGAAUACGUUUUGGGGAACACCGUUGGCGAACAAACGCCUAUUACGAUGAUCGAAUGCCAUUUUUGUACAUGAGCGUACCGAAUGUAUUUGCGGAAAAAUUACCGUUAAAAUUAAACAGUCUAGCUAUUAAUCAGAACCGACUAAUUACGCCAUACGAUUUAUAUAGUACUCUAGUUGAAAUUAAGAAUAUCUCUGGAUGUAGAAAUCAUACGAAGACCCUUCCAGAAUGUUGUCCAGGGUGUCAAAGCUUAUUUGAGAUCGUAACAGAAAAUAGAACAUGUUCCAAUGUUAAUAUUCAUGAGAAAUGGUGUAGUUGUCAUGAUUUAAACCCCCUACCUCCAAAUGAUAAAGAGGGAAAUAAAAGUGCGGUCAUUGCGGUGACACACAUCAACAAUAUGAUUAAAACUAUUGAGACUAUGCCUUGUUGGGGGUGUAUGAAGUUGUCUUUAAGAAAUAUUAUAAGAAUUCAUUUCUACUACAGCAGAGCAAAGGAAAAUCUUUAUUACGUCGUUGCAUUCGCCGUAACGCCCGGUAAUGUACUUUAUGAAGCCACUAUAGAGCGAAAUAAUAAAACAAUGGAUGUUAUCGGUCCAAUUAGUAUAAUUUCACCUUACCGAGGACUCGGAAAAUGCACAUUUAAAUUUAAAGACCGUCUGUUUUGUAUGUGCCAAAAAAAAGGAAAAUGCUGAAAAAAAAAAAUAAAAAAAAAAUAAAAAAAAGUAUUCACAAUUAGACCUAUUCUUUAACUAUUCAUUUGCCUUAAAAGUUAAAAUUCACGGAUCCCAAAAAAUCAUUUCGGAAUAUCAAAUGACACAUUAUUGCACAGUUAUCGGUAAUUCAGUGGUUCUCAAACA